UGUCUUUCUUGGAUUUCAUUCAUUGCAUAUUGGUUUAUGUUGAUUGGGUUUUUGUGUCUUUUCUUCAUAAACUUCCUUGGAAAAAACCACGACAACUACUAUAAGGUACAAAAUAUUCUAAAGUGGCAGCUGUAGGCAAAAAAAUUUGAAAGCUGUCAAAGUCAGCCAUCAAGCUAUUUUUAAUGUGUUGAAUGAAAUGAACACAAAUUACCAUUAUAAACGCCUAUAACAGACCUUUAACUAUACUUGGUCAAUUUGAAUUCAAGAUAAUAUGGCUGAUAAUCCAAGCAGUGAUGGAUUUUCGGAGGCAGAUAGAUUGAGAGAAGAUGAAUUGGCUCGAGAAUUAGAGCACAGUGACUCCAAUGAAGACGAUUCUCAAGAAAUAUCUUUAGAAAUUGAAGAAAAAUUAUUAAAAGAUGAACCUGAGUAUACAACAUUGGUUAAUUAUGGAGACAAUAUCCAAGAUUCACAAAGUAACAUUGUUGAAAGUUACUCUGAAAAUUUACAAAAUGUUGAUAUAUCUCAUGCCACUGAUGAAAUGGGCAAUAGUAUUUAUACAGAAAACUCCAAUAGUUUCAUUACAACACAAUCAGAUUUGCAUGACAUCAGCGAUCAGUAUGAACCUUAUAUCAAUGAAUACAAUUAUGAAACACAACAAUCUGAAGAUAAACAAUAUGAAAAUGAUCAUAAAUAUGAUACCAAUGAUAAAAAUAGCGACGGAGUUAUGUCCAACAUAAAUGAAUCUCAAAGUGAGAAUUUUGACUCACAAACCAAUGAAGAUUUAUUGAUUAGUGAGAGGGAGAGGGAAAAGAAAAGUAAAAGGGAGUUGGAAGAAGAGGAGAGAGAGAAAAUGCAAGUUUUAGUCUCAAAUUUUACAGAAGAACAGCUAGAUAGGUAUGAAAUGUACAGACGAGCGGCAUUUCCCAAAGCUGCAGUUAAACGUUUGAUGCAAACAAUUACAGGAUGUUCAGUUGGUCAAAAUGUUGUGAUUGCAAUGUCUGGUAUUGCUAAAGUAUUUGUUGGAGAAGUUGUUGAAGAAGCUUUAGAAGUUCUUGAGAAGUCCGGUGAGGCUGGGCCGUUGCAACCGAAGCACUUAAGAGAGGCUUUACGUCGACUGAGAGUGCGCGGCGCCAUACCUGUGAGGAGAGGUUACAAAAGCACUUUAAGACUUUGAUAUUUUUAACUGCUCACUCUGUAAAUAUAUUUUCUACAUGCAUGGAACUACUUGGUUCAUUACAGUCAUUUUCUUACCAGUUUCCGACACCAAAAUCAAUGUAUAAAACAAAUUGUUAUCUCCAUUUUGUCAAAGAUAAACACAGGGUGACAAUAUGUUUUAUAUAGAGAUUUAGGCCUCAGAAUCCCACGGUUUGUCGUCUAGUUUAUGUAAAUAAAUAUUAAAUAGUGAUAAGAAGUUAUAAAUAAAUUUUAUACCCUUUAAUAGUGAAUAUUAGGCAAAAAUAAAAUGGAUAUAUUUUCUGAACGCAAAUUUGAAUUGUGAUGAAACAAAUGUUGUCUUCCCAGUGUUGAUUUGCAGAUACUUUUAUUUUAUUUAAAAAAUAUCUGUCAAUGAAUGGAAAAACAUUUUUUUACUUUUAUAUUUUACCUUUUUGCACCUGCUGUUUUGUUGAUGUAGCAACCUUAGUAUCCCUGAUUAAUAUCUUUUUAGAUAUUAUUGAUUUUGUUUUGGAUGCUUCGUCACUGGUUGUGGUUGACUUGUCAAUGACAAAAUGACCAUUCUCUAUAUAAGUAUGUUGAAGCUAUUAGUUUGAAAAAAAAUGUUGAUGUAUGAUGUAUAAUAUUAUUGUAUAUUUAAGGUAUUUAAGUAAAAUAAAAUGCGGUGUUUUCUUAGAAUACUAAUCACAAAUAAGAAUAAAGUUGUUU